AUGGUGAAUGGGGGGGGGGUGCGAAGCAAUCCUGGAAGUUUGAGAAAUUAAAGUUCAUUCCAUCAGGUUGGAGGCUACCGAGAUGGAACAUAAGGUGUUGUUCCUCCAACCUGAGUGUGGCCUCAUCAUGGAGGUCAUGGAUUGACAUAUCAGAAUGGGAAUAAUAAAUGUAAUUAAAAUCGGUGGCCAUUGGGAGAUUCUGCUUUCUCUGGCGGACAGAGCCUAGGUGCUCUGCAAAACACUGGGUCUCACUGAUAUACUGUGUUCUUGAUGCAUCCUCCGGUAUAUGACCCCAAAAGACUCACAGGUGAAGUGUUGCCUCACCUGGAAGAACUGUUGGGGCCUUGAAUGGUAGCGAGGGAGGAGGUGUAAGGGCUGGUGUAGCAUUUGUUCCCCUUGCAAGGGUAAGUGCGAGGAGGGAGAUCAGUAGGGAGGGACAAAUGGACAAGGGAGUCGCAUAGGGAGUACUCCCAGUGGAAAGCAGAAAGUGGGGGGGGGGGUGGAGAGUGAAAGAUGUGCUUGGUGGAGGGAUCCCAUUGGAGAUGGCAGAAGUUCUGGAGAAUUAUGUGCUGGAUGUGGAGGCUGGUGGGAGGGUAGGGGUUACCUCUUUACUUGCCCAUCGCCUCCCUCUGGUGCUUCUCCCCACCUUUUCUUUCCUUCUUAGCAUUCUGUCCUCUCCUAUCUCCCUUCUCCAGUCCUGUCACCUUCCCAGCUCUUUACUUCAUCUCUCUCCCUCCCAGUUUCACCUAUCACCUUGUGUUUCUCUCUUCCCUCCCCCACCUUUUAAACCUUUUCCUCUUCUUUUCUUUGCCAGUCCUGCCGAAGGGUCUCGGCCCGAAAUGUCGGCUGUACUUUUUUCAUGAAUGCUGCCUGGCCUGCUGAGUUCCUCCAGCAUUUUGUGUGUGUUGCAAAGAAAUACUUCUCAUUUUCCCUUUGAUAUUUUGUUCAACUCCAGGGUCUCCACACAACGGACUUCAGUAAUAUUGUCAAGGUGGAGACCUAUCAGCUGGUGAUGUGCCAUUAAUUCCAGUAAUCCUUACAAGUUAAUUUAGUGAAUCCCAAGUUCAAUACUGAAAUCACCGAGGACAAGUGUGGGAGACAGCAGAGAUCAGCUCUUUUUCGUGGAGGACACAAUUACAAGAUUGAAUUUCAGAGGAGAAAUAGUCAUGCUCAUGAUGGUGGGGAGGAUGGGUUGCCUUGUGUGGGGAUUAAGAGUUGCUGUACCAUCCAAGUUGACAGCUGAAGUGUUGGAGGAGCUACGUGCCAGUCAUCUAAGGUCAUGAAAGUGUAGGUUCAAAGCUUUGUUUGAUGGCCUGGGAUAGAUCAGCAGAUUGAGCAGCUUGUCAUGCACUGUGCAGGAUGCCAGCAGGUCUAGGAGAAAGGCGUCCAGGGUUGUGAGACCCAGAAUCAUCUCCUACAACCACUACGGAGGAGGCUUCAGAACGUGAGACAGUUUCACAACCUUGUCUCACCUGCAGGCAGAGCGAUCCCCCCCUUGUCAGGAAAGGUAUUAUCUCACAAGGGUAAGAAAGUCCCCAUGGCAAUUAAAUCUUCAGGCAUGAAUGGGACAAUUAAAAAUUUUCUAUACUCUGGAUGUGGUAUACCAUUUAGUACAACUAUUAUAUAUACAUCCAGAGCAGAGUAAAUAUUUAAUUUACUCAAACUAUAUAUUGAGUGCUUCUCAACAUAUAUAGAUAUACUGUAUAUAUAUUUUUCUCACCCCUUAUGGCUGGUGUGUAUGUGUAUUUUUCCCUCAAUCUCAGGUCCUCUAUCAUAGGUCUGUAGGUUUGAGGGUUCGGCACAGUAUCGUUGCAGUUCCUAACAGUGCACUCUUCUGGACCAAGAUCUUGGAUGUUGUUCCCGGGAUUUGUUGGAGCCACUCUCUAGGUGUCACAGCUCCCAGUGUUCAUAUCACCACCAGGAAUACUCUGGUUUUAACCUUCCACAUCUUCUCUAUCCACUCUCUCAAGUCCCGGUAUUUCUCCAGCUUCUCAUAUUCUCUCUUCCUGAUGUUCCUGUCAUUCGGGAUUGCCACAUCUAUUACCACUGCUCUCCUCUGUUACUUGUCCAGUGUUACUCUGUCUGGUGGUUUGGUCAGUAUCUGUUUAUCAGUUGGUAUUUGGAAGUCCCACAGGAUCUCAGCUCUGUCAUUCUCCACUACCUUCUCGGGUGUUUCCCAUUUGGAGUUGGGAGUGUCCAAUCCAUACUCAGCACAGAUGUUCCUGUACACGAUUCCUGCAACUUGGUUGUGUCAUUCAGUGUAUGGUUCAAAAGGUCCAAAGGUUCAUUUAUUAACAAAGCAUACAAUUUUUAAAUUCUUCUUCUCCAGGUAGCCAUGAAACCAAGAAAGAAAAGAAAGGCAGCACAGUCAUCAAUCCCCAAAUUCACACCUCCCGACACAAAAAACAAAAAAUGGAACAGGCACAUCAGCCCCCAAAUCCCUCCUCCCUCACAAAAAAAAUGGAACAGGCACAUCAGCCCCCAAAUCCCUCCUCCCUCACAAAAAAAAAAUGGAACAGGCACAUCAGCCCCCCAAAUCCCUCCUCCCUCACAAAAAAAUGGAACAGGCACAUCAGCCCCCAAAUCCCUCCUCCCUCACAAAAAAAAUGGAACAGGCACAUCAGCCUCCAAAUCCCUCCUCCCUCACAAAAAAAAUGGAACAGGCACAUCAGCCCCCAAAUCCCUCCUCCCUCACAAAAAAAAUGGAACAGGCACAUCAGCCCCCAAAUCCCUCCUCCCUCACAAAAAAAAUGGAACAGGCACAUCAGCCCCCCAAAUCCCUCCUCCCUCACAAAAAAAUGGAACAGGCACAUCAGCCCCCAAAUCCCUCCUCCCUCACAAAAAAAAUGGAACAGGCACAUCAGCCCCCAAAUCCCUCCUCCCUCACAAAAAAAAUGGAACAGGCACAUCAGCCCCCAAAUCCCUCCUCCCUCACAAAAAAAAUGGAACAGGCACAUCAGCCCCCAAAUCCCUCCUCCCUCACAAAAAAAAUGGAACAGGCACAUCAGCCCCCAAAUCCCUCCUCCCUCACAAAAAAAAUGGAACAGGCACAUCAGCCCCCAAAUCCCUCCUCCCACACAAAAAAAUAAGUAGAUCCAGGGACAUCAACCGCCAAUUGCUCUUGCCUGCAUCUUGCACCCUGCUACUAUGUGCUGAAUGGUUUCGGCAGAUUGCCUGCACAGUCUGCAUCUUGGGUCUUGUCUGGUGUGACAGACCCCUGCUUCUAUUGCUCCUGUGGUCAGUGCCUGUCCUUGUGCAGCCAUGAGUUGUGUCUCUGUGCCGUCCCUCAGCCCUGACACUUCCAGCCAUUGAUAGAACUUCCCUGCACCAGACGCCCCUGAUAUCUGGUGAUGGUACAUCCCGUGCGGUGGCUUGCCCUGCCAUGACCUCUGGCCCACAGGCUCUGUUUCACCCACUUCCAUUUCCAUGUCCCCUGCCUGCUGUCUGAGGUAUUCUCCUACCAGGUCAUCCUUAGGGGCCAUCUUCCUGAUAUACUUACGGAUAUUUCUCAUUUCAUCCAGGACUGUGGCCUUAACGCUUUCAGGUACCCAUCCUCCUUUAUUCUGGUGGGCAUACGAUCACUCAGUUGGCCUUUGGGUGGAACCCUCCAUGUAUUGUUAGUAGUUUCUGGGUCUUGAUGUCAGCGGCCUCCGGUUCGUUCCUUGGCCAGCACACUAUAGCAGCCGGGUAUCUGAUGUCUGGUGGGGUGGUUGUAUUGACGGCUCUGAUCUUGUUCUUCCCACUCAGCUGGCUCUUUAGAUCCUGUUUCACUCUUUUGAGGUAUUUGAAUGUUACAGCCUUCCUUGUGUCCUCAUCGUGGUCUCCAUGCACCUGCAGGAUCCCCAGGUAUUAGUAGUUGUCCUGUACAUCUGGUACGUGACCAUCAGGUAACUCGACUCCUUCAGACUUGAUGAAUUUGCCUCUUUUCAGUACCAUCCAGCUGCACAUUUUCAGUUGAAGUGACAUCCCAGUGCUCUGCUGUCAGAGCGAUUAGUGAGUCGAUGUCUCUUUCAUUUCUGGCAUACAGCUUGAUGUCAUCCUUGUACAGUAGGUGGCUGAUGGCCACUCCAUUCUUGAUCCUGUACCCAUGUCCACUCUCUGAGGUGAGGGGGUUCAAGCCAAUUCAGAUCAGCAGUGGGGAGAGUGCACCACACCUGAUGGACACUUAUACUAGCAUUGUCCUCCAAUGCCCCACUGAGUUCUUGACGAAGCACCUUAGUGUCUUGUUGACCUUGUACAAAGACUGGCACUCCAGGAUCCACGUGUGGGGCACUGAGUUGUAUGCUUUCUGGUGGUCGAGCCAGGCUGUGCUUAGGUUGGUUUGCCUGAUCUCGGAGUCUCACCUGACUGCUAUGUCUACCAGUAGUUGGUGUUUGGAGCCUGUGGUUCCAUUACCAAUCCCCCUCUGAGCAGGGCUCAGGAGUUUACACACAAGUUUUUGCACAGUGUCAGGGUAACAACCAUGCCAGCACCUGAACUAUGCAAAACAACAACUGAGGGGUUCUGCAAGAGUAUACGGGAGAAAGGAGCAUCACAUAACUCCAGUGCCCGAAGGCCCAAAGACCUACAAGCAAGUCUCUGCGCUCUCUCAGCGGAAGAACCGGUCACUGUCACCACAGUAGAUGUCCAGCAACAGGUAGCAAGUAUGAAAAACUGGACAUCACUGGGGCCAGACAUGACUCAUGCCUACUGGCUGGAGAGUUUAUAGCCAACUAUAGCUAAGUGGGGAGGAGUGUUGAGUAUUUAAUAUUUCAGUAAUAUUUGUGUAAUAUCAUUAAUAUAUUUGAUUAAGCACACUUUUCUGUAAAUAACUCAUGGAUUAUAUGUAAAAGUACAUGAAUGGCAUCAACACACCAUCAUGUCAUACGUGUAUGCAUGUCUCACUUAAAGUAAAAUGGAGACUGAAAAAUGUACU